CUCGCUGUGACAGGUCGUGUGUUGUGAUACACAGCUAGUUAUUCUCACAGUGACAGCAUCAUGGUACAGUUAGGAUAGCAUGUUCUUCUUCUUCUUUUUUUGUAUAAAUAAUACAAAUGUGACACUGUUUACGGACGCGUCACAACGGUAGCGGUUGACUCUGGUAAUAUUUUUAAAGAUGGCAGCAAGUACCUGAAUGGCACUUGAAGCAGCUGUGUCAAACUAGAAGAACACUCCAGUCAGACAGAAAAUGCUUGCAGCUAAAUGGUCACGGUUGUCCUACAAGGCUUUGUCCAGCCGAGGACUGAGGACGGUGGGUCUGUUCUCCAGCUCAGGAUCUUCAAAUUGGACUAAAGUGGUCUCCGAUGCAGAGAAGAUCGUCGGGUACCCGACUUCCUUCAUGAGCCUCCGCUGCCUGCUCAGUGAUGAAUUCAGUAAUGUUGCCAUGCACGUCAGGAAGCUUGUCGGGACUCAACACCCUUUACUCAACACUGCAAGGGGGUUCGUCUACGACAGCAAGAACAACCUUCAGAUGAGGGCACUGAUCAUCCUGCUCAUUUCGAAAGCUGCAGGGCCGAGCCACGCAGCCUCCGAUCUCCUGGCUCAGGACAUGGUCAGCGGCAUCUACCCGAGCCAGCGGAACUUGGCAGAAAUCACCGAGUUGAUCCACACGGCGUUCCUGGUGCAUCGUGGGAUAGUCAAUCUGAAGGAGUGGACGGAUUCAGAUGGCCCACUGAAGGACAUGCAAUUUGGGAAUAAGAUGGCCGUCCUGAGUGGCGACUUCCUGCUAGCGUACGCUUGUACUGGACUUGCCCAACUGGAUAACACUGAGGUGUUUGAACUGAUCUCGAGUGCCAUCGGCGAUGUAGUUCAAGGACUCUACUGUGAGAAUUACAGUAAUGCCGAGGAGAGUAGCCUCGCAGAAGGCCCCAACAUCGCGACGUGGGAGGAGCAGGCGUUCCUGUCCCACGGGUCGCUGCUGGCCAAGAGCUGUCAAGCUGCGAUGGAGCUCGCCAAACAUGACAAGGAGGCCCAAAGAUUGGCGUACCAGUAUGGCAAGCACCUGUCAUUGGGCCACAAGCUGAACUCCGACCUGCAGCCGUUCGUGAAGAGCAGCGUGGGAGAGCCGGGGCCGUUCAGUUUGAGCGCCGCCCCGGUGGUUUUCCACCGUCAUUUCGUUGGCAAGGAGAGGUGGCAUCAGCAGCUGCAGCAGGUACAAACAAAGAGAAACAAACCGGAUUACUCAAAGCUUUUGGCAGCAGUUAAGUCGGAGAAAGGCGUGAGCUCGGCUGUGGACUUAUGCUGUUACCAUGGCAACAAGGCUCUGGAGGCCAUCCAGGCUUUCCCCUCCUCCGAGGCUCGAUCCGCCUUGGAGAACAUUGCCUCCGCCAUCACCAAAUUUUGACCUGGACUCGCACACACUCACGCACACACACUCACACACACACUCAUGCCUCUGAAUGCCUGAAGUGUCUUUGUCUGCAGAGGCAACAGGAUGAGAACCAGUGAACAGAUGGCACUUCAGAGACAAAUGAACUUCUUUUGAGCCAGGUACUGGCUCAUGUCUGGAGAAACCGUUCUGCUCUGCUGUGGAUGACAGUGUGCAUCAGAAAUGCAAAGGCUAUAUCCAUAAAUGGUCAUUAAAAAACGAAUU